UCGUCUGAAUAAGACAGGUUUGUCAUAGUUGGAGUACUGAAUUGUUUGCCGAAAAUUAGAGUAUAAUCGGUGGUUCUUGGCUUUAUCGGCCUCACAGUAUGACAGAGGCAGAACAAGAAAGCCAUCCAACAAAACCUGACAGCGGAGAUGAAUCUGAAGAUGAAAGCGAAGUAUUAGAAGAGAGUCCAUGUGGACGAUGGCAGAAGCGACGAGAAGAGGUGGAGCAGCGUGAUGUCCCUGGCAUCGACAAUGCCUUCUUGGCCAUGGACACAGAGGAGGGGGUGGAAGUUGUCUGGAAUGAGGUCCAGUUCUCGGAGAAGAAAAACUUCAAAGCCCAACAGGACAAGAUCCGACAGGUUUUUGACAACCUGAUUCAGUUGGAGCACCCCAACAUUGUCAACUUUCACAAGUAUUGGACUGACACCAAGGGAGAUAAGCCAAGGGUGAUCUUCAUCACGGAGUACAUGUCAUCUGGAUCUCUCAAACAGUUCAUGAAAAAGACCAAAAAGAACAACAGGCAGUUCCCUCUGAAGAGUUGGAAAAGAUGGUGUACUCAAAUUCUCUCAGCUUUGAGUUAUCUACAUUCCUGUGAUCCUCCAAUCAUUCACGGCAACUUGACGUGUGACACCAUCUUUAUCCAGCACAAUGGCCUCAUCAAGAUAGGCUCAGUUGCACCUGAUGCCAUCCAUUUGCAUGUGAAGACAUAUCGGGACGACCUGAAGAACAUGCACUGCAUUGCUCCUGACCCAGAACCCAUUACAACGAAAGUAGACAUGUAUUCCUUUGGAAUGUGUGCGCUGGAGAUGGCAGCGCUAGGUUUCCAUGGAAACGGUGAAGGCGGGAAUCUUGUGACCCUUGAGACAAUACAGCAUACACUUGACUCUCUGGAUAACAAGCUUCUCAAGGAUUUCCUGGUCAAGUGCAUCGAAAGGGAUCCCAACAAGCGUCCCAAUGCCAGAGAGCUGUUGUUUGAAGCAGUAUUAUUUGAGGUCCACUCUCUGAAACUGCUGUCUGCACACACCUAUGCCAAGACUACAUCCAAUCUUCCAGAGAAGCUGACAGAAGAGGCCUGCUUUACCAAAGCUGAUCCAAACAAAGUGAUAGCAGAGAUAAACCAUCCGAACAAGGAGCCAUUUCAGAUGAGGUUUUCACAAGUGCCAGCAUUGGAAUUGGAAAAGUUUCUAGAAGAUGUUCGGAAUGGAGUGUACCCGCUCACAGCAUUCGCAAUGCCCCGUCCCCCUCCCUCGAGGCCUCAGGCCAAAACACCAGAGCUUGCAGAGUCUGUGAAGUCCGAGACGCCAGAACACAUGGAUGUUGAGACCAGGAUGGUGAUCAAUAUGUCAUGUCAGACUCGCAAGAAUGAGGACAACCCCACCAAGUUGAUUACAAUAUUGCUAAGGAUGGACGAUAAAAUGAACAGACAACUUCAAUGUGAGCUAUCAGGAGAAGAUAACUCCACAACUCUCGCUGAAGAGUUGGUUCACUAUGGAUUUAUCAAUGAGCUUGACAGAGACAAAGUUGCCGUAAUGAUCGAUGAGAAUUUGAAAAAUGGUAUGUGCAACGAAUCCUCGCCCACUCCACCAAUAGCCAUUCCAUCCUCGUAACUUCGGGGUUCUUCGAAAUUCCCCCGGUUUUCGGCCACAUACUUUACAGGCUCUUCACCCAUGAUAAUUAUGGGAACUGCCUAGACCUGAGCGAACACUUGGUUGCAGUAUAAAACUCACAGAAAUCGCUGUAAUAACUGUCCUAGUCAACGCAGUAAAUCAACAAUCAAGGAAACGAGCACAUGCUUCUGUAGAUAAUCGUGGAGAUGUGUCCAGUUGCCAACUAUGAAGAAGAAAGUGCCUUUACAGAAACUGUCCUGAGUUCCAGCUGGUUGGACACCAGAAUCCUCUGAUGGUUACCCAGCACAGUAGCUGGUACAUUGAUAUAUCCCUGGUAUAGUACCUGGUACAUUGACAUAUACCCGGUACAGAAGGGGUACAAUGAUACAUGCCCAGUACACACAUGGUGCAUUGAUACAUACACAGUACAGAUGCCGGUACAAUAGCAAUUAAACAGCAGGUGGCCUACAGGCUCUACAUAUUGUUUGCUUUGAUGUAACUUAUGUUGAAAUUUGUUUCUUUCAAUCAGAUACGAGGUUUUCACUUACUCGACGUAGUGGUUCCAAGUAUCAUAUUUUACUGUUUCAUAUUUUCAAGUCAUUGCAUCAUACAAUUAAAAAGUAAUCGUAAUGAGAGUUAUCAAGUCAAGACUUGUAUUUAAUUUAGGGAAGAUCAAUUGUUUUUCCCUUUCUGUCUCAUUUGACAUUGUGAGCAAUUAGUAACAUAGUGUGACUCAUUUUGAUCAUCAGUUUGUUACAAUUUGAAGGAAAAGUACUAACAUUUCAAUAUUUUCUACUCGUCCUAUCCCAGUUAAAUAUUUGAUGGGAUGAGAGUGAACCUUUUAACAUAUUUCAGUUUUGUGUCAUGUAUUUCUGGAACAGCAGAACUUUAUUUGAAUGCUAGGGAAAAUACAUCACAUAUUUAUUUAAUUGUUAACUUGUAGUACAAAAGUUUUCUUUCAAAUACAGGUGUAAUAUGGAAUUUGCCAGCAAUGCUGAAAGAGUUGUAUGAUGAUGACAAUCUUUGUAUUGUGUGUUUUUGUUGGAUGUUAUUUCAUGUUUGGUUUGGGUAUGUAUCAAUUUAAAAUGAAAUGUAUUGAAUUGUUUUCAUCACCUUUAUGGUCUACUUUGAUUUUGGUCUUUGUGAAGUAAAUUCAGAUUUGUUUUUAAAUUUUAUUUAUGCAUGUACCAAUUUAAUAUUUAAAAAAUUUGGAAAACUUUUGAGAUUAUGUAACAUUUCUCCCCAUUUCAAAUUUCAUCAGCUACAGAAAGGGCAAUGGUCAUUGGCAACACAACUUAAAAUGUUUUGCACGUACUCAGUCCUCAUUGCUCCUUCGAACUCAACAUGGUUGUUUAGAUUUUGAGCCUAUUUUGACAUACUCCGAUGCCAAUUGUAUGCAUGUGAUAUAUCUUGAUGGUGUAAAAGCAGGUACUUGCAUCAUUUGUAUCAUUUAGCUGUUUAUUAUUUUGGUCUGUUAUCAACAGUAUUAUUCAGUGUAUAGAGCUGUACGCCCAGGUUUUUGUCCGUCAUGGUCGCAAUGUGGAAGUUUUGAGUUAUGUUUUGCAGUGUUGCCGAAUAUGUUGAUGCAGUUUGUAAAAAUUAUAUAUAUGUAUAUAAACUUACCCGUUAUACAUACAAUAGAAACUUGAAUAUUGACAUGUCUUAUGUACACAUGGACGAGUGGACGAUUUGUUUUUCUUAACAUAUUUGUCAUUGGUCAAACAUCAAGAACUUUUUCCUGAGGAUGACUGUUGUGGUCAGUUUGGAGUUGAAUUGUUUGAGCUGUGAAACAAUUAACUGAAGCUCAUAUAAAUGGAAUUUCAUAGAUAUGUGUAGGAUAAAGCACACACAGUGAUUCAGUCAAAAAUCAAGCGAGCUUAAGGCAUUGUCUGUCUGACCUCUUACAUUUUGUACAUCUCCACUGAAACUUCAUGGCCUGUGGAGGUGCAGAAGCCUGCAUGAAUGGUUCCAGUGAUGGUAACUCUUUAAAUAGCUCACAGAAUUCCAGUCUGAUUUUUUUAUGUGGCCCACAUAAUUUUUCAAAAUUUCAGCUGACCUCCAGAUUGUGUAUUAUUAGAUUUCUUUUGUUCAGUUAAGAUUUGGGUUAAUGAAAACAACUAUAUAACAGACACUGCUCUCAAGCCUUGUAUACUUAUUCCCCAGAGACCUCCACUAUUACUUUGAUAAAUCUUGCAGACAGGACUCCGUUCUAUGAAUGUCUGGUUGAGGCAGAGCAAAUAUACUUGCUUUCUGGGCGUUACUGUGACAAUGUGAGUGUGCACAAACUCAGCCAUUGAAAUCAUAUCCCAGAUAGUGAGAUGGUUUGUGAAGAAGAAAAAAAAAACUGAUGGAAGUGCAGUGAUGUUUUUUGUACAGAAUGGAUGUAAAGUUUAUUUUGGUAUGUUCAGUGUAAUGUUAACUUCUAUGAAGUCCGUAUUAAGCCAUCUUAACAGAUGAUUUGUGUUUGUCUUGUUUCAAAAUUGAAUGUGGAUUUGUUGCCAAAAGACUUCUGUAAAAUGGGAAUUGGAAUGUUCAUCUACUCUUUGUUAAAUGUCUAUUCUGAAAACAUAUCAGAAAAUAUUAUAGAGGCUUUCAGCCCUUUUUAAGAAAUAUUUUUAUGAUCCGAGUAAAGGUACAGUGAUAAGUGUUAUGAUACACAUUUUAUGUGAAUCAAUUUUAAAUACAGAAUACUUAAACAUUUCUGUCUCAUUGGCAAAGUAGACAUCCUUUUGUUAUGACCAAAACGAAUAGUUAACUGCUUUCUAUGGGGUAUACGUAAUUGUAUCCUUACAUCUUUUCAUUUAACAAUAUGUUCUGAUGUUGAAUAAAUAAUUAGGUAAUUAUUUAAAAUCACAUUUCAUGGGUUCAAGUUAUUUUGGGACUUAUACAUUACUGAAUGGAUGAAGUAUUGGUUUGCUACAACCAUUUUGCUGUUACAACUUGUCCCAGUAAAUAUAUAAUUACAACCUCGAUAUGUGUGGUUGGUGAUGUUGUAUAUAUGUGUUGGGUCUUGUGCUAUAAAUGGUGCUUCUGUCUGCUGCUUUUGGUGUGGACACUCUGUGGAAUCAGAUUUAAGUCAUGUAUGCUUCUCGAUUGUGUUUUAAGAGUGAAAAAAUGUCUUGUGAUUAUAUUUUCUUACAAAGUCAUUCAAUGUAUAUCCAUUAUUGAAAACUUUGAGUUUUUGGAAAAGUUGCCUCUAUUGGAAAGUACUUACAAGCACUGCAGCUCGCAGCGAAGAAAAGUAGAAUGUUGAAGGGAUUUUGAAAUUUUCAGUUUCAUUUGAAUUUCAUGAUGCCAUAUACUAAUGAUAAUCACAACAGAAUCAAAAUAAAUCUCAUAUUGGCUAAGAUAAUGGUAGAUUUCACCAUUCCAGCUGUCUGUGUAAUUAGCCAAAGAAGGGUUAUAGUGCAUGUUAUCUUGUCCUUGUUUACAUUGCCUGGAACAAUCAUUUUGAUAGCACAUGAAGACAUUUGUAAAUAUGUUUGUAAUCACCAUGGUUACAGUGUAUGGUGCUUGUUUCAAAUACAUGUUAUCUCCAAUCUUGGUGGGUUAUCUCCCUUUACUCUGGUGCCGAAAUAAGCUGGAAAUAGGGUCUUUUGCUUCUUAUAUGUAAUGUAUCAUACUCCACACCAUGUGUGUAGACCUGCCCGUGAAUUAUCUACACAGCUUAUGUAGGAAACUCAUAACAUAAAAGUGUGUGGAUGUGUAGCAUCUAAACAUGUGAGCUUCAGCUCACACUGGACCGUGCAAAGAAAGGGAAAACAAAUUUGCAUCAUACCCCUAGGCUUAGUUUUGUGGCCCUAGUAAUUUCACGAAAGCUGAUGAUAGUGCUAGGUGGUGAGAUGUGUAAAUGUGAGGAAGAUACAAUACUGGUUCACCCUUAUUAUUAGGGAUGUCACGAUAUAUAAGUUUAAUGAUUCGAUAUGCAUCACGAUACCUAUUUUCGCGGCAUUACUGCGUACAUUUAGUUACAUUUUGAACAUUAAUAUUUCAUAUUUUAUAAUUGUCCCUGAAAGGAUCAACAUUUUUAUUUUCAGAGAUUAAAAAGUUCUAAUUUCCCAUGAAAAAUAAUCAUUUAUAGCUCUCAUAACAUAAAAAUAUUUGAUACAAUUGCAAAAUGUAAACGGUGUAUAAGCAUUUAAACUAAUACUUUCAAAAAUAAAUAUCGAUACAGUUUUGAAUGUAUCGAUUAUUGUAUCGUCUUAGAAAAAAGUAUCAUGCAUCGAUGUAUCAAUGUAUCGUGGCAUCCCUACUUAUUGUGUUUCUUGGUUUGUCAGUACUCAUGCCGCUGUUAUUGUCAUUCUCAUCGGUUUUACCAAAGUCAUAGAUGACUAAGACUUGGAUCACUUGGUUGUUCAUCCCACAAUGACAUGGCAAACCAUGCAUGAUAUCUGGAAUAACGUUCAAAACAACAUUCAACCAUAUUCACUCACUCACUGACUGACUAGUUUUCUCUCCAUUUUGGAUCCCUAGAAACCCCUGCCAAGUUGCAGAUAAGGAAUGAGUGAGGCAUUGUAAAAUGUAGGUCCAGUCUGUUUAGUAGAAGAACUCGUUAUAUGGUCCAUGUACUCCAGUUGACCCUGCAUUGAUAAACUGGCUGACACUGUAUCUUGUAUUGACAAGUUUAUUUAAUCAGGGUAACACUUCUCCCACAGACAGUCUGGUUAGUCAAGGGAGGUAACCCACACCAUCCUAUCCACUUCUCUUUAUUUCAGGAUCUUGACCUUAUUGUAUAACAUGUAGAUGUAUAUUUAUUUCUUAAUGUUCCUCAUGCAGAUGUGUAUCACCAGUAUGCUGUGGCAUGAAUUCAGUAUUUGUUCAAAGGCAUUAUUUUUGGUUCCUGCAGUAUACAUUAUUCUUUGAUUUGGUUGUACAUUUCUUUUUGUAUGCAUACAUCCACUCGAAUUCCAAUUUAAUUCCAGUUCAGUGUUCUUUGUGAUUUUCUGUGUAGUCUUAAGACAUCUGUUUUCAUAUUGAAUGCAGUGAUCCAAUCGUUGAAUUACCCGGUACCCAGUGUAUAUGGACAAUAUUUUGAAUUGGCUUUAACCUCUUAUAUCUCUCAGAUACCUGUAUCAUUGAUAACCAGUUGCUUAAGGUUCAUUCUUUGUCCAUGUGGUGAUUGAAGUUAACUUACAAACAAAUGGGGGGCUGUGGGGUAGCCUCGUGGUUAAAGCAUUCGUUCGUCAUGCCAAAGACCCGGGUUCGAUUCCCCACAUGGGUACAUGUGUGAAGCCCAUUUAUGGUGUCCCCCGCCGUGAUAUUGCUGGAAUAUUGCUAAAAGUGGCGUAAAACCAAAUUCACUCACUCACUCACUCCAAACAAAUGAGAUCGUUUAAUGACAGGUAUUUUCACCACGGUAAAAGGGUUUGACAAAUAUGCUGGUUCACUAGAGAAAGACCUAUGAGUCAGGACAUGGACAUCAAACCAUGGAGGUUGUCUGACCGGAUUGUAGAAAAUAUGAAAGGGUCAGUUUGUUUUGUGUUUACCUUUUACAAAAACGGAGAAUAUUUGCAAGGAGUUAGAAUAUUGUUGACAGGUGUUUUUUAUUUUUCGUUUACUGUGGGACCAGUGAUUUUCUGUGGCAUUGGUCACCAGAAAAACAAUAUUAGCCAAGCCCUGCAUUAACUUCAUCAGAGGUAAUCAGUUGGAUUCAUGUUACUUAAUGCAUGUUUAAAGUGUGGUUUUUGAGUGUUUGACUUGACCAAGUUUAGAUUUGAAUUGAGCCAGGUAAUUACUUGUCAUGUAUUACUGAUAAUUUGCGUUCACACAAUCACAACAUGUGCAUUUGUAGUAAAAAACAUCAUUCACUGUACUGAUGACAACCGUUUCCAAUUUAUCACCCACACUGCUCAACUUCAUGCCCAUCAAGGAAGUCAUAUGUAGCCAUUAUUACCAGUAAUGUAAUAACGAUAUAUCAAGUUCUUUGAUAGGUUUGCCUUACUGAAAAGGUGACAGUCCAGUAACAUCACUUUAUUUUGCUGAUAUUGAAAAUGAAUUUUGUAAUAUGUAUUCCCUAAGUGUUAACUGAUUUCAUAACUUCUUUCACCAUCUCUGCAAUGUUUGCUAGAAAGGAUAUAUUGUGAAUGUUUUGUAUUGGGAGUGUAUUAUUUCCUUGGAAUAGGUUUUGUAAGAGUGCCUAGUUUACGUGGCCAUUAAUGUGAAUUGUGUAAGAAUGGCAUGGCAAAUUGUGGGUUUCAUGUCUGGCCCAACAUGAUUAUGUUCUUGGGUUCGUCAGCACCAUUUGAUUAUUGAUUGAGUAUAGUUUUACGCCGCACUCAGCAAUAUUACAGCGGUAUAUAAAUAAUCGAGUCUGGACCAGACAAUCCAGUGAUCAAGAGUGGUAAAUUUCUAAGACUUGUAUCACUUUAGGGUUUCUUCCCACAUCAAGCUGAUGCCCUUUGACACAUCUGUUCAAAGCAGAGUCUGAUUCAGUGUGUUCCCAAUUACUUUUUCUUCAUAUUUCAAACUUUUCAUUCUGAUAAGACGUGUCUUAAACUCUUCUAAUCUUGUAGUGCCAGGGUGUUAUUAAAUUGGAAACGGUUCAAGUAUUUUGAAUUUUGCCCAUUACUAGAUUUGAAAAUGAAAUGAUAUAGGGUGUAGGUUUUGAAACUGUGUGAUCUUCGUCACGUUCAUUGGUACAGAACAUACUCAUUUGUUGAAUAGUCCCAACCCUGUGGAGUUACCAUGACCAGUGUGAAUACAAGUACGAAGUUCUUUACGGAUGACUUUUGUUUUAGCAGUUCCAAAAUCAUAACUUGUUAUCAUUCCAAGCUAGGAAAUUUCUCUGAAAUAGAAGAAACAAGACAUUUGACAUUUUCUUAAAUGUUUGUUGAAAAUAUCAUAAAACAUCACUAACAUUAUUAUGUAUAAAAGUUGAUUGUUUGAACAAGGAAACCUGUCAAGUAAGAUCCAUUCAUUCUGGAAUCUCUGUUAUCACAAGUGCAGUUCUUUGGAAUUGUUGGGAUUCCUCCACGAGGUUUAAAGAAAGUGUAAUUAUGUACAUAACAAACUCUCCAAGGUUUAAAAUGCGUACAAAGUGUGUCAAGAUGCAAUAAAUGUGAAGUUUUGAGUUUAUACUGAGCUGGUCAGAUGAGACAGGGUGAGACACAUUUGUUUUCUAGUCUUGAAAUAGAACACUCUAAAGAAUGUUAAUGGUCGCCCAAUUGCGCCAUGUUACUUUAGUUAUUGUCAUGGCACCACAAACAGAAGUACUAUGAAAGAAUUGGGUGACCUUUAACUUUUGUAGUAGUAUAUUUACAGCCUACAGUUUCACCAGAUCUUACAAAACAGUAGCCCCAAAUGAGCUGUCAAUAUGUUUGAUUUUACACAUGGAUUCUGUACCUGUUAUGGUUAGAAAGUUUCUGUCAGAUAUUUCUUGGAGCUGAAGUAAGGAAUACUUGUGUUUUUAUGUCGAAACUAAGUAUAGGAACUGCUUGAAUCUUCUACUCUAUGUUCAGUAAGGAUUAUGCCUUUUAAUAGAGAUGGCUGUCUUGGUCCUUAGCCAAUGAUGAGUAGUAUAUUUUAUGCUGAAACAUUCAUUAUUAAGAAAUACCUAUUAGUGAAUAUCAACCAACUAUUCCUAUGCAUGAAAGACAAGCAUUUGGCUAUGCAGAACUGUAAGCUGGUUGUGUGGUUUCUGUGAAUCUCUUUUCAGUUAUUCCACCCCACCAGGUGUGUAUUUGAUGGAGAAGUGACUUCAUCAGCUGUCCAUGAGAUUGUUUAUCAAAGGUACAGGUAGCUGUUGACUCUAGCCUGGUGGCUUUAGAGUACCUUCAUUGAUGAUAGGCCAUAAUCUCAUUAGUGAAUACCAGACAAAACUGUCAUUUAAUAGACCUUCAGCAGUCCAACUAGGCAUCAAAGCCAAAUGAUGGAAAUGGUUGGGGUCCUUAAACUUAUAAGCAAAUAAAAUUCAUGCAUCAAGUGACCCCAUGUUUAGACACUGUUGACAGUUCACUUCGGACUGAUAAGAUGACAAGAAUGAUGCUGGGUGGUUUUAGGAUAUGUGAAACUUACGGUGUUUCUCUGGUUAAGGAAGAACAGGAUUUGCUGUUUCUGGCACCACUGUAGAUCUGUGCACCACUUGCCAGUAGUACAACACUGAAGAUUUGACUUGUGGCUGUCACAUUCUCACUUAUAGAUGACAGAGAACUUUGCUCUCACAGAAAUCUCUCACUUGAAACUGAAACAAUUGCCAAGCAAUGCUUCUACGAAAGAAGUAUGUACUAUUGUAAGCAUGUAAAUUCAUUUUGCUCAAUCAUUAAACUAAAUGAACCAUUA